AUGUCCAACAAUACAGAUGCUAGUAUGAAACCCGAUAUCCAAUCAAUCGUGGACCGCAUCAGGACUGGAAAAGCUACGCGAAUUGUCGUCUUGACUGGCGCUGGAAUCAGCACUGGCGCCGGGAUUCCAGAUUUCAGGUCUCCAAACACAGGAUUGUACGAUAAACUCGCUCCACUGCGGCUCCCAUAUCCAGAGGCAAUUUUUCACAUCAAUUAUUUCUCCCACACACCUGAGCCAUUCUACGCAAUCGCCCGGGCGCGUCACCCGGGAAAUCUGAAACCGACUAUCACUCAUGCGUUCCUGGCACUGCUAGCAAAGAAGAAUUUGCUCCAUUUCGUUUUCACUCAAAAUAUCGACGGGCUUGAGCAAGAUGCCGGGAUUCCCCCUGAAAAGGUGCUCUGGGCUCAUGGAAACUGGAAGAGUCAACAUUGUUACAAGUGCAAGUCGUCAUAUCCCGAUGAUCUCAUGAAUAAAGCGAUUCGAGCGGGUGAAGUGCCAUAUUGUCUUGAAACCGGGUGCGGGGGUGCGGUGAAGCCAGAUGUUGUAUUCUUUGGGCAAGCCCUACCGGUUGAGUUUGAAGAAAAAGAGAAAGAGGUCCUUGAGGCGGAUUUGAUGCUUGUAAUGGGAACUAGUUUGAGGGUCGCCCCUUGCUCUAGGCUUCCAGGUCUAGUAAAAGAAGGAAUCCCUCGGGUUUUGAUCAACAAUGAAAAAUCAGGAGAUUUGGGUAAUCGAGCCGAGGAUGUGUGUAUUCUCGGAAGUUGCGACGAUGGCGUUCGUCGAUUAGCUGAUGCACUUGGAUGGGGAGACGACUUAAACAAUCUCUGGAAGGAGGCAGUCGCCGCUAAGAAGCACGAUGAAACAUUUGAGGGUGGUCCUAGCCUAGACGAGUGCAUUGAGAAAUUAGCUAGUGGCAUGAAGGACAAGAUGAAUGUAUCGGAUGGGCACAAACGCAUGCUGGAGAACCAUUUGAACAACAAACUUGGGCAGAUAAUAGCGAAAGACCCUACAUACUCAUAG